AUGAUUCGAAUCGUCGCUCUCCUCGCAGGUCAGUUCUUUUGAUGUUUUUGAACUUGAAUAUUGAUUUUGACAGUCAUAGAAAGAUAGGUUUGAGGUUAAGAGUUUUUGCGACACUAUUAAUGAAAAAAGUUCAAUUUUACCUUUAUUAAACUCAUUUACGCUUCGUAAAUAUUCCUAAUGAUGCUUUCAGUUGUCGUCGCCUCGGCGCAAUGUCAAAAGUCGGGCGGAAUGGCUGAACUCAAGUCAAUCACCGGCGAUGCUCCCUACGAUGGCGUUGGCAAUGCUCCAGCUCUUCCACGACAGCCCAUGGGCUUCUGGGGACGGCCAAGGUAUCGCUUUGAUGAUUCUUCGUCUAGGACAUGCUCCGUAAAGUAGAAGAAGUAUAAACCGUAGAUCUUCCCGUUGCUAUUUUUGAACCUGAAGAACCUGUAGAAAUCCCCCCUCUCGAAGAACCUGUAAAAGUAGACUCUGAAUGAGCGGCAGCUAGAGAUCACUAGAAAUAGAAGAGACUUCAGAGACUCUAGCUUCUAUGGCGUCUCUUAGCACUAAAAUUGCUCUCUCUCUCUCUUUUGCUUAUCUUCUCUCAGCUAUUUUUGAACCUGAAGAAGUAGAAAUCGCCCACCCCCACCCUCUCGAAGAACCUGUAAGAGUGGACUCUGAAUUAGCGGAAGCUAGAGAUCACUAGAAAUAUAAGAAACUUCAAAGACUCUAGCUUCUCUGGUGUCUCUUCAGACCACCAUUGCUCUCUCGUUUUCGCGCUUUCCCAGUCCUGAAACUUUUCAAAACAGAAGUAUACCUUCAGAUACUCUCCCAUGGCGUACAGUGGUCCCUACGGUGGCUCAAUGUUUGGCUUCAACCCCUACGCUCCUGUCUACGACCCAAGAUUUACCAGCAUUUCGGGCAGUCCCUACGGAUUGUGAGUGGCUUUUCCAGUAGUCCGUGGUCGCAGUUGGAAUGGCUACCCAAAGCGAAUCUUGACUCUGAGCCAUUCCAAGUGCGACCACAGUAUCUCAGACCAUGUCCAAAGAAAAUCACCAAGGUUGAAAUCAGUAUCCUUGCCAAUAUACAAAAGUGAAAAACUGAAAUUUUCCAGAGGCACAUGGGAGACGAACAUCUAA